AUGGGUAUUCAUGGCAUCUAUCAAGAAAUAGGCAAGGGAGAGCGCAUAUCGUUCCUCAAGUAUGCUGUACAGACUUAUGAGAAAGAGGGACGCCCACUACGCAUCGCUAUAGAUGUGUCGAUAUGGCUGUUCCAGAUCCAGGCCAGCAAAGGCGGCACCAACCCAGCCCUUCGAACGUUCUACUACCGCCUACUGCGCUUGACGUCUCAUGGAAUCCAUCCUAUAUUCGUAUUCGAUGGUCCAAAUAAACCUCCAUUCAAGCGCAAUAAGCGUACUGGGCCUAACGUCGCCUCCAUCCCCGAGUUUCUGGCGAAGCAGCUUCUGAAGAUGUUCGGCUUUCCGAUACACAUGGCGCCAGGUGAAGCAGAAGCAGAAUGCGCAUUGCUACAAAGAGAAGGCAUCGUAGACUCUGUGCUCACGGAAGACGUCGACGCGCUCAUGUUUGGAAGCGGUAUUACCCUACGAAGCUGGUCACCGGAACAGAAGUCGAGCAAGGUGCCGACCCAUAUCAACUUGUACGAUGCAAAGAAGAUCAAGAGUGGUCCUUCGGGCCUUGACAGAGAAGGCAUGAUACUUGUAGCUUUAAUGAGCGGAGGAGACUACAUUCCAGAGGGUAUUCCUGGCUGCGGCCCCAAAACAGCAUGUGAAGCUGCCCGAGCUGGAUUUGGACAGGAUUUGUGCCGACUCAAACCAUCAGACAAAGUCGGAUUAAAUGCAUGGCGCAAACGACUCAACGACGAGCUCCAUAUGAACAAUAGCAAAAUAUUCAAGAGGAAGCACAAAACGCUGACUGUGCCAGAUGAAUUCCCUCGUGCAGAUAUCAUGGGAUAUUACACAAACCCUGUCAUAUCUAGUGCGCAGGCUCUAGAGAGGCUUAAAUUGACUCUUCGAUGGGAUCAUGAUGUUGACUUCCCGUCAUUGCGCGAGUUUACUGGUGAUGCCUUUGCUUGGGUGAAACUUGAAGGCGCAAAGCAUUUCAUUCGCAGCUUAGCACCGGCGAUGCUUGUGCGGGAAUUGCGCAUCCGCGCUGCAAGAUGCGAUAACAUCUCAGAAAACAUGGACGAAAUUGAAAAAGAAGAAUCACGACUAAUCACGUCCUUGCACAAUGAACGAAAGCAUACUACUACUGACUUGACCUCGGAGAUUCGUGUUGGCUUCGUCCCUCUUGAAAUUGUCAGGAUAGAUUUACACUCAGAGGAGGCAGACGAUACCAUAGUUGUGGGUGACAGCGAUAUCGAGGAAGAAGCACCAUUGUUCCUCAACGCAGACGACGCACCAGAACCCACAGCAGCGCCAAAAACAAGGGGUCCCACAAAGUAUGAUCCCACGAUGAUCAACAAGGCAUGGAUUCCUGAUACCUUCGUACGAAUCGGGGUGCCGUUGAAGAUAGAAGACUGGGAAGGUUCAAAGCGUACAGCCACAGAACAACAGCGCAUGCGACAGACAGCUAAGGAUACCAGGAAAACUCAGCCUAGAGCCAAAAAAAGUUCUUCAGCCACAGGGGGCAUGCGUGGUGGUGAGCUAUACAAAUUUGCAAAGCAGACAAAGCCUGGGAGCCGACCUCCACCAGCAAGCAAAGCCGGGAAAGCAAUUAUUGCCACCAUGGACCACCCUGAUCUUAAGGAAACCCUGCCACUAUCCACAGCUCCUCAGUUGUCUGUCAUUAGUCUCUUAUCUAGUCCACCCACAACACCGAGAAAGUCUCGGCAAAGUACUAUCGAUCGGUACUUUUCACCUCGAUCAGACGCUCGAUGCAUCGAUACUUUAGCACCCUCAAUCGAGAGCAAACUUGAGACGAGUGAUGAAUUCGCUGUCCAGCCGCGCAAAAAACGUUCAGGGUUUCAAAGAACUCAAACACUGCCAACACACCUUGAGUCUAGUCCGCGAGCUUUGCGGGCGUCGAUAUCACGUGGGGAGCGUCGUUCAUACUCGCCGGAUCCUCAGCUACCGUCUCCGGGCAAAUUCAGAAGUAAACGCUCGAAGCCAAGUUCAGCAGAAGAGGUUAUUAGGCAGAGACGGUCUAUCGAAGGUCUCGACUUGUGCGCGACAACGAGUUCGUUCCAGCGAAUUUCGACCUCAGCACACGAGCCAUCGGGGCGUACACUACGCAUCGUAGAUUUGGCGAGCUCUUCACCAGUACAACCACCGUCGCGGGUAAUUCCCUCGUUCUCCAAUUCAGUUGUGCCGAUGCUCUCGCCCGCGACCCCACGAGACCCUGUCACAUUCUACUCUUCACCUCCUGCCAGUCCCAUACUGGACAUAAGGACGACUUCUCCCUAUCUUGACUCGAUCAAGGAGACAUCUAUCCUGAACCGACACCAAGGAUGGCAGUCACCUGACUUGAUUGAGCAGGACAAGAACACAAAGCCACAGGAAUCACCGUUGACUCCCCCAAUAACCACUCCUGCGCGGUCUCCGUCGGACCAACAACGCAUUCCAGACAAGUUCGAGGAUCCGUUCGGCGCAUCACCCAAGGUCCUCAAACAAUUCAUCCGUCCUCGCGAAGAUCUCCCUGGACACUUUGCAUGGACAGACGGAACGAGCCCUGAGGCACUCCGUUGGAUGGAGCGAAGCAAGUUGCUUCAGAACGUGAGAAUGGUUGAUCUAACAGCUUCGCCGUCACAUUCUACGUCGACUUCAGUAGCAUCAAGACCAUCUGGACCAGCAUCAAAGACGAAAGCUGGAAGUACAAGCACAAGAACCCGAUCAGCUGUGAACACCCGUCGGAGUGCCGCUGAAUGCGCCCCAUCACAAUCUCAGCCUCAACCUACGUACAUCAGACAGCCGGUGUCAGCGACAGCAUCGCCACUAGUGAGAGGCACAAAGCGGAGCAAGCGAAUAGCGAGGAGACACGGUGUUGCAGGUAGAGGCGUCUCAGUCAUCGAUCUGACGUUAUAG